AUGGGCGUUGAAGGACAAGACGGCGAGCUGUGGGCAGCUCUGGAACCCCCCCCCGGGGGGGCUUUUUUGAGACAAUUGCAUCCUCAUCCAAGCCACUUCCCUUUGAUCCCGUGCGCCACUGCCGCGCCGUUUCGAUUUGAAGAGAAGGUGCGAUUAUCAGGGUCUGGCCACGUCGCGACGCUCACUCGAUCGCCACCCUGUGAUGUCGAUGCCGCGGCCGCCAUCGCCCGUUGUCGCAUCCAUGCCACCGGCAGCAUGGCCGCCGACACGGGUGCUUCGCAUCAAACCCGCCGGACAUGA